CUUGGCCUUCGGAAGCGCACCAUGCCGCACAUGGUGUUCAGCCAUCAGAAAGAAGCAUCAGCCUCAGCGAUACAUUCAGCCACAUAUCCCUUAGCAAGCGUGGACCGCGAGGUGCAACUAGCACGCGCCAACUGCAGCGGUUCACUCUUCCUGCGCUCGCGCCACUUCUCUGUAGGCACUGGCCUGCUAAAGAGAGUCCGCCUCCAGCGGGCGCAGGCUGGAGCUGGGCGGCCGCCGCUCGGCAAAAGGUGGCGAAAAAAGAUUGGGACUGCUGCGCGAAAGCAUGGCGGGCACGCUUGCCCGCGCGGGACUCAGUUGCCUUCUGCACCGGGUUGCUGUGCCGCUCGGAGCCCUGGGCGUCGAGCACCGACUCAGCAACGCGCUUUCUAAGACCGCGCAACUCAGCAAGGUCACCCGCAUCACCCACGUCGGUGACCUCAUUGCUGUUGUCCUCCAUCUGAACACCACGCCCAUUGGCUUGGGCCUUGGCCCACGCCAGCAUGGCCUUCCGCUGCGCGGCACCAGUGGAAGACUUACCUUCGGAACGCGCGGGGUCGGGCUCCUCGAGGGCGCGCAGGUUGGCCUCGGCCCCGGCGAGAUCCACCGUACCCGCAGGCGCGAGACCAGGAACUGGAGGGCGAGGCACGUGAGUGGGAGCUGGAGCGGCGCCAGCAGGAGCAGCACCGUGCACUUGAUCGCGCGCAUGGCCAGGAUGAGGACCAGGCUGGGCAGGUCCAGGCUGAGCAGGCGCCGCACCUGCUUGAGCCCUCUCUGCCGCCGCCCGCGCUGCAGCCGCCGCAGCUGCAGCCGCCUCUGCAUCAGCGCGCUCUUGUUCACGCAGCUCAGCACGGAACUGGUCCUCGUCGAAGUUGUCCUUGGCCGCCGUUGCCGCGCGCAAAGCAGCCUCCGCCUCCGCAUGCCGCCGCUGAGACUCGAUAUGGUUCUCCCCCGCCUUCGCGAGCGCCUCGCGGUGUCGGGCGAGAGCUCCAUGCUUCUGUUGUAAAGCUGCGGGUGGCCCAUUCCUUACGGCUCGACUGCCCCGCCUCGCGAGUCAGCUCAGUGCGCCUCGCCAGGGCGCGCUUCUCGAUGGAGUUCUCCGACGCCGGCUCACGAGCGACAGGAACGGGCGGCGGCGGGGCUGGGUGGAUCUGGCCAGGGGCGCCCGCCACGUGAGCUCGGCAGCGAAGGGAUCCGCAUCGCCAUGACCAGGGGCGCCAGGAGCUGCACCGCCAGGCGGAGCACCGCCAGGAGGAAGCGUCUUGACUCUACUCGCCCCCGCACUUGCUGCACACGCAGCUGCCGAAGCGGUCGAACCCCCAGCGGCCGCAAGACCCGCAGGGCGAGU